CUUCUUUAUCUCAUGUCUUCACCAUAAACUUUACUUUAACCUUCACUGUCCAUGUUCCAGGUGACUCCCUGCUGGGUGUUAGAGGUCGACCUGCAGCUCUGUGGGAUCGGCUCUCAACCUGCUGCUUUUAUUACCAUUGAUAUCACAUAAUAUAAUAAGUGUAUUCACAUCCUCUUCAGUCUUUGGUGACAGUGAUUUGUAUUUGAUCUGCUGUUUCCUUGCAUGUUGCGUGGGGAUGUAACAUGUAUGUAACAUGUGUGUAACAUGUUCUAAUAUCAGCAACUCAAACUAACAUCACGUUUUCUCUUUUAUCCUCAAAAUUCACUUGAUCUUUUAAUCCCAGACGAUUGAAGCUUCUUCAUUUCUCUCUAAUCUUUGUUUUAAUUGAACCAAACACACUUAACAAACUAAUUGUGUUUAACUUUGACCCGUGUGACGGGAUUCAAUCUCGCAUCCUUCUGUGUAUAUGUAGCACCACAGUGUGUGAAUGCAGGUCAAUGCUCCAUAUCUGAACCCUGACGACACACACACACACACACACACAGACUCACACGUGAACACUCCUACCUCCUGCACGUCCACACACAUUUAGGGCAGCUCUCCAGGUCGGCCUCCUGGUGGCUCUGGUGUUGGAUGUAGGGCAGCUGGAGCUAUAUCAGUCUCUCUCCUUUGGACACACACACACACACACACAUACACACACACACACACACUGUACAGACAGGUCUACCCCCAGUGAAGAUAUAUUUCUAUCACAUCCCAAAACAGCUCAAAUCUGCUGCCACAAUUAUACAGGAGAAAAGACUGAAUUUAAAUCAGCUCAUUAUUGACAUAUUAUCAGUAAAAACAUGGAGGAUCAGCACCUCACUGCAUGGAGUGACUGGUGUGUGUGUGUUUGUGUGUGUGUUUGUGUGUCAGGUGGAGGAGUGUGUGUAUAUAAGAUGAACAAACAGUCUUCUCUUGCGUUGCAGCACAAAGUCUCAAACCGGAUCUCAGACCCGUCUCUGCCGCCGCGCUCCGAGUCCUUCAGCAGCGGAGGCAUCCAGCAGGCCCGCACCCCCCCCAUGCACCGCUCCGUCGAGCCACAGGUUCCCCAGAGGACGACCUCCAUCUCUCCUGCGCUGGUCCGGAGGAACUCUCCAGGAAACGGACCCGGCCUCGGCCCCCGGGCUGGAGCUCACCUCAUCCGGGCCAGCAACCCCGACCUGCGGAGGAUAGACGUUUCCAUGGAUACGCCCCUGAAGAGAACCAGCAGCUCGUCCAGCUCGUCCACCCCGAGCUCCCAGGGGGGCUCCAACGAGCGAGGUAAUUCUUCCAAUAAGACUGAAGGUUCAACACUUUCCUCCCAUGACGCCAAAGACGACAGAGGAGAGCUGAGACCCAGCAGGCCUGCA